CUGCUCGUGUUCAUUGGGAUAUGGGGACUAACGCCUACAGUUGUGCUCUACUCAGCAACAGCCGCAGCAGCAAGUUGUCGCUCGGAGUGUGUGGAUGAGAGAGCGAAGACGGUAACUACAAGCAAACCGUAGACCCGAGCGUGCAGUGUGCACCCGGGUAUUUACUAUAUACGGGGAUCUGUGCGACAUCGCAGAUUUGUGAGCGACUUCUCGAAUUUCUGUGGAAAUUCACGGAUUCCUGCGUGAUCAGAACUCCGUGUAACGCUGUCGCUAGCCGCGAUCGCGUGCCGCUAAUAAGAUUCUGCGUGAGACAGACAGAGAGAGAGAGAGAUAGUGAGGAAAGGAGAAAGACCACUGAGCUGCAUAUGGUUGUUUGUUCAUCGCAGAUCACGUAGAAGCGUCAUCAACGCACGAGGACAUCGGCGCGUCUGCUACCUGUGCUGGUGACACGCGGCAGACUGACGACACACUAUUCCAGCGUACUGAACCGUACAACAACCCAAUUUGUAACACGUGAAAACGUCGGUGCUUACAAUGAAAACUACCGGCGAACGCACCUGUGUCUGAUACCUGUGGGCGCUAAACAACCUGAUCGUAUUCAUCGAUAGGGACAGCGACAGCAGCCAAGAGAGAGAGAGAGAGAGGGAGACCAGAGAGUCGGUAACGACAGCAACGAGACACCAUUGAUUCCAGGUUGCCAAUGAGCAGCGGGCGAUGCAGGUGAGCUUGCAUCGCAGACGCUUUUAUCGAGCGCUUGUUUCGACGUGUCACGCCUGACGACGUCCCGAAAUAACAAGGAAGCAGCAACGUCUACCAGCGUAUAUAGGAUAUCUGUCUGCACAUCUUGUUCCCACGCUGUCGCGCUGCUGCGAUAUAUCUGCUGCGAGCUAGCUGCAACGACGGAAGACACUAACCCGGUUACGUUCACCCCUCGAUUUACAUAAGUGACAACCAAGUGCUGCAAACGCGAAAAGAAUUGCUGGCGCGGCUUAAGAAAGAGCGGCGUGUUGCGCUCGCUAUACGUGAGUGUGUGAGGAGCAUCUGAGCGUCGAGAGCCUCAACUACUAUAACGCAUGCUGAGAAGUUCGGACUCUCUGAGACAAUAGGGUCGGUGUGGGCCAGCGCGGGGCAGGUUGAUUGCUAGGCGAAAUCUGGGACCCCGGCCCCGCGCGGGGUGCAGCGGAGCGCACCUGUAAUAUAAUACCUGCAGACAAAGCAGCAAUCAGCGAGCUGCGCAAAGUGAUUAAUAUAUCGCGGAGCGGUUUUUCCGGAUCGCAGUGAUUUCUGUCAUGAACGUGGCGAGGGUAUGCGACGCCGUGGUUUGAUGCUGCGCGAUGCUAGGGAGGCGAGGCGGCGAGCUGUAGGUGGCUGAGUGUUGAUCUACGCGCAAACAACGCGCACAAAGCCGCUAUUGUCGAUAACACUGUCGCAACGUUUACCAGUGCUGCUAUCGGUUCUCACGCAGGGGCACUACCACGCAAACAUCGUUUACUCAGAACAGAGAGAGAGAGAUAGAGAGCCUACAGGUGAUUGAUUUGACUGAUUAGCGGUCACCACUGUGCGCUGAUUUAUUGCCCGACGUGUCGCAGGACGGAACCUGGCGGAUUUACAACUGUUCGCUGUUCCAGGUGUGUGCAUUGGUCGAACGACGCCUUGUUUUCCGCGCGGAUCCACUUCUGCGCUAUACCUCCUGCCGCGACGCUCGUUUCUCCCCCGAGGGUCUCCUUCUUGUCUCGUCUUCUCUCCGCAAUUCUACUGUACUCUUACUUCCUCGAGUGUGCGCCGGGCGAAAGCGACUACGCCUCGGUCACGCAUUCUCGCGCGCGAACUGGGUCGUGCGUGUGCCGAGAGCGAGACGAAAGUACAGCGAGAACACGAAGACAGACGUCGGCUCGAGGUUCCCACGACCGCGUCGCCGCAGUGCGCGUGUGCUCGCAAUAGCCGGAGCGAUGGCUCUGCCCCUGAUCUGCGUUAAGCCGCCAUUACUUCGCGCGAUAGCCAUCCGUGCAUUGUUGUGAAGCGUACAUAGCGGUGAUUCUGCUGGGGCGGAUUAGUGCGAGAGAUCGAUAUCACGGUGGGAAGAAAAAGAAGAAAAAGAAGACAAAGAUGGGGCAGGGCGGCUCGAUCUUUGACGGUAUCGGUGGCUCCGCCAUGCAGCUACACGUUGCCAUGCUAGGCCUCGACGCGGCCGGGAAGACAACCGUACUGUACCGACUCAAGUUCGACCAGUACAUCAACACGGUUCCGACGAUCGGGUUCAACUGCGAGCGGAUCCGCAUGACGACGGGUAAGGCGAAGGGCACUAGUUUCACGAUCUGGGACGUCGGCGGGCAGGACAAGCUGCGUCCGCUGUGGCAGGCGUACACGCGCUGCACGGACGGAAUCGUGUUCGUCGUCGAUAGUUGCGACGUCGAGCGCUUCGAGGAGGUGAAGAUGGAACUGCACAAGACGGCGCGCUUCCCGGAAAACAGCGGCGUGCCAAUCCUCGUGCUCGCCAACAAGCAGGAUCUGCCCGAGGCGCGCGAGACGAGCGAGAUUGAGAAACUGCUGGCGCUGCACGAGCUGUCGCCGAACCACCUCUACCACGUGCAGCCGACGUGCGCGAUCAUCGGCGACGGACUCGACGAGGCGUUAGAGGUUCUGUACGAGAUGAUCGUCAAGCGACGCAAGCUGGCGAAGAGCGGCAAAGGCAAGCCGAGGAAGUCCUGACGGCGUGCGGCGACCGGCGUGCAAACACUCUGAUGGCGAUGAACGAUCGUCGCGCCCUGCUGCGACAGCGGCAGGUGUCGGCGCGUGCGGGUGGUUUCACUUUACGCAUGGCGGCUUCAAACUGGCCGUGGUGUCGCCAUGGCUAGUGGAGUGAAUCAGUCGUGCAGGUAGUUCUAUUUUACUCGUAACGUCUUCAGACUUACUGUGGUCUGGCAAAUGGAGUGAAGCUAUAUUUAUAUAUGUGUAGUCGUGCAGGAGUGAGAGAGAGUCGAUGUGAACACUCAGUCGUUGUAAUACCUAUUGUUCUUUGCAUUGUGUGUGUGUGUGUGUGUGUGUGUGUGUGUGUGUGUGUGUGUGUGUG